AUGAAUUUCACGUAUUUGUUUUCAUUUUUGUCGGUUUUGUUCGUUGCUGUCGUUAGUCUAAAUGACCAAUCUUCAUUUUCCGUCGAGAAAUGGACACACAAGGAUUUUGUAGACUAUGUGAAGGACAAUGCUGAAAUCCUAAAGGACCUUACUACUUAUACCUUUGAAGACUUGAAGGAAAGCCUUUCAAGUUCAGCAUUUUUACCUCACCUAGCCAAGGAAGAACCUUUCUGGAAAUUCUGGAAAUCAAGUGGAUCGUACUCAACAUCUAAAAACCUAUAUGGAAAGCAUGGCAAAGAUGUCUCUGACUGGCUUUUUGAUACAUGGUCUGUAACUGACCUUCAUAAAUUAUUGGACUCUACAGACAUUGAAAUCAGUCCUUAUGCAACCAAGGAAGCGCUUUUGCAAAAAGUGAAGGAUAACUUUGAAGAAAUCUGUGAUAAGUUGAAAGUUUCUGGGUAUUAUCCCUCUAGUGGGUUUUUUGAUAACUGGUCUACAGAUGAUAUUCGCCAUUGGCUAGAUCAUUUUGGGAUUGAAUACUCUAAAAAGAUAGCAGAUGACAGAGAAAAGCUGUUACACACAUUGAAACAGAAUAUAUUCCACGCAUCAGAAUAUUUGAAAGAGAAGAAAAGAGAUUUUGUAGAAACUUUCUUCAGUUCAGGCGAACCCUUGUUUGAUAAAAAUGGAAAUAUUUUCCAUGAUAUCAUUAAUCAUCUACCAACGUAUGACUUAGAAAAUUGGCUUGAUAUUCAUGGAAUUGUAGUUGACAAAAAAUUGGCAACAAACCAUGAACAUCUAGUAAAAAUAGCAAGGAAACACAUUGGUCAAUUAAAGGCUGAUAUCGAAUGGUACAUCGAAGAGAAGAAAAAAGAAUCUAGCCCAAUUCUAUUGAAACCAAUGGAAUAUGUCACAUCAUUAUUCAAUCUAACUAAUACCAAAGUCAGUAAUGGAUCAGCUCCUGGCUGGAUCGAGUCAAUAUGUGGGAAACAACACCAUGUUAUUAACAAGGAGGAAUUGUCACAAUGGUCCAGAGAUAGAUUAAAGUCAUUUUUAGAGGCUAGAAAUAUAAAAUACCACAAGUUGUCGACUAUGAGAGAAUUACGUGAACAAGCAUAUAAAUCAAGAAGUAUUCCUGUUACGUUGACUGAUGAGGACCAACACAAGUUUUUAAAUAUUCUAUCAUCGAACAAACUUUAUAAUUGGAUCCACGAGAAGCACCCAACUGUUACAAUUGCCGAUAAGAACUCCAAAUACAGCUGGAAAGAUCAGGUUAUGAAUAAAUGGUAUCAAACUCUAGAAUCUUGGUCAAUUGAUGAGCUUUCAUCGUACUUGAAGAGUUUUGGAGUUCAUACCAAACCAACAUCUACUAAGGAUGACUUAAUCAAUCUAGUUAAAUUGAAAACAGAAGCAUUAUUUGGCCAUAGGAAGGUAGAUGAACCGUUUUAUAAAAGAUGGUACAACAAGUUGUUAACAUGUUGCAGAUAG